AUGCGGUCCAAGCAGCUGGAGCUGUUCGCCAAGAUGCACCUGGGCAUGGACCACGUCCUGGCAAAGCUCUUACUGGAUGCGCCUCGUCUUCCGGACUCGAUGAAGUUGCAGACGGAGACGCAGUCGCUCGGGACCACGUGGGUCCAAGUCACGCAGGCGUUCGAGAAGCGGCAAGCGAUGCUGCAGCGACGGAAAGAGAAGGAAGAGAAGAAGAAGAAGAAGCGAGAGGAAAAAGGUACGGAAAGUGACGGAGGUAUGGAGAAGUCCAAGAAACAGGGAGGAAGGGGUGAGGUGGAGACAGUGGCGACGGUCAAGCAGAAGAAGACGAGCACAAAGAGUCGCUUGAGUGCGUCUCCACGCUCUGGAAAGAGCCCUUUAGCUCGCGAUGACAUGGAGAUGAAAAGUGGCAAAAAGAAGCAAAUGAAAAAGAAGGAGAAGGAGAAGAAUGAGGGGGGAAAGGAGGAGAAGAAGAAAAAGAAACCAGUGACAACCGGGGUGUCGCCUCGUGUUGAGGAUAUGAAGGCCAAGGUGGUAAAAAAGGUUAAAGUAGACGAAUUGAGCGCACACGAUCAAGUGAUAUUGGAGAAGAUUCGGAAGCUGCCCAUGUGUCAAGACGUGGCCUUUGGCAGCAAAAAAUACAAGGCGAUUGCCAAGUGGAUGGAGCUCGAUAAGGGAAACAAUGCAGUCAUGCCAUUGGAAGUGGCCAAAGUGCUGGAUGAAUUGCAGCUGGAUGCUGCGGUCGAUACCACGAGCAAGCCGAAGUUGAGUCGGAAACGCUCGUUAGAGACGCUCGACGAUGUUUUGCGGGCUGAGAAACGGAAUAAUCGGCAACUGGCAGCAAAGGACCGCAAACGGUAUGAAAAAAAGUCUGCGCCGCAUGUGGAUGAUGAAAAAGCGGUACAUCGAUCAGGAGAAGAAGAGGCGACGAUGGAAAAUCAUGAAGAUUCUCCUGACUCGGAGGAGGCCGAGUUCGUGCCAGAUUUGAGUAUCUGUAAUCCAUCUUUAACGACGUCCAACAAGAAAGAAGAUGAUCGGGUACUUAAAAAGCAGAAGCAAGAAGAAGAGACAGUGGAUCAGGUUAAAGAAGAAGAUAAAUCGACUUUACAGAUGGCACCGACGACUCAGCCUGCUGCAGAGUCAGCACAGACUUUAGCGGAUGAAGCGGCUUGUGUCGCAAAAGCCAAGUACCUGCUUUAUGAGAAGAUGGCAAAACCCAUUGUGACAGGAGAUUCUGCAGAAUCUGCAAUAUUCUUGGACGAUAGUGAAGAAGUGGAAGAUGAAGACGAAGAAGAGGAGAGUGAUGAAAUAGAAGAGGAAAAUACCAAAGAAGUGCAGAAACAUGAUUCUUCCACUGACGAUGACCCUGACCUCUUCGAUUUAAACGAAGAGGAUGUCUACGUCGUAGAAGCCAUCUUAUGUGUAAAAGAGGGACGUGUGCUGCUGUCAGUAGGCGGGAUGCGACGUCCUAAAGAAUCCGACUUGUACCUUGUCAAGUGGGAAGACUACGAUGAGUUGACGUGGGAGCCGCAGGAGAAUAUCCCACAGCGGCUAAUUGAAAUGUUCCGUGAGCGUGAACGCGCCAAGCGCGCUUGUCAGUAUCAGAUCAAGGUCGCCCACGAACGCAAAGAGGUGACUAACGUGACCACACAAGCGAAGGAUAUCAUUUACCUGGUGCAAUGGAUCAACCAAGACGUGGCAGUGUGGGAGUCGCGCACCACGCUUCCCAGCAAGACGCAGGUAUGGCUAGAUAAAGUGCUUGGUGGUGCUUCUGUGAAGAAAAGGUCGUAA